UCUGGUUUUAGUUUUAAAACCAAAGUGAACCUAACCCAUACUAAAAUAGUUCCCCACAUUAAAGAUGAGAAAGCGAGUUGAGAAGCCCUCAAAAGAGAAAGUGGACAGGGUCGAUUCUGCAAUUGAGGAGGAACCUAAACGUAAAACUGCAGAUGACUACCAGUGUUCAGGACAUCUACAGCUGGACUUCACCGAACUGUGUAAGCUCAUGGGAGUGAAAGAGAUCCCUUCUGUCAAGCUGAAGCGGCCAAGGAUUCUGGAAAGCAGAAUGACAAAAUGGUCCCCUGGGCGCUGCCUUCAGAUAGAGCUGGAGAAAGAAGAGCACAACAACGUGAAGGAAGUCAAGAUAUCUGGAUGGACAGUGGAUGAACUGAUGCUACGGGUGCUGAGCAAGUUAUUGCCAUCUCUCAGUAAUUUACAGUGCUUGCGCAUGUGGUGUAUAGGUCUGACAGAUCGCACUUUCACCUCUAUGAAAAACACAGUGUCUUUGUGCUCAAAUCUCAGGAAAGUGGUUUUGGAAGGCAACCCACUCCCUGAGCAGAGUUACCAUUUACUCCUAGGGGAGGACAGCAUGCUGACGGACUUAUCAUUACGAAACAAUCGUAUCGGAGAGGAAGGAGCUCGUCUGAUUGGCUCAGCUCUCUCUAACACACACUCUGCCAACAAAAACCUCCUAUCACUCAACCUGGCCUAUAAUAGCAUUGGUGAUGCAGGUGCCCUUCAUAUUGCUCAGGGUCUGCGUUUAAAUCGUUCCCUGCUAUGUUUGUCAUUAUCCUACAACCACAUAGGAGAUAAUGGAGCAGCUCGUUUGGCUGAGGUUCUUGGCCCAUUUGCUCUGACUCAUGAAGAGAUCGUUGAGAGGAGGAAGCUUUUAAUUAAAGGCGACCAAUCAGAGAUGGUCCAGUCGUCUCUGGUUAGUCUUGCAGACUCACAUGAGCAGGCCCUUUCUGUCCCCAGCAACUCUUCACUGGAUCAGAUCAGCAAGAGUGCAAAACACACCACCAAAAAAAAGGACACUCCUAGGAAAGAGGAGAAACCAGCGCAAAGUCCAGCAGCAAAGAAAGAGGAGGGAAAAGUGGCCAAGAAAGAUAAUAAAGCGUCUCGUAGUCAGACUGGAAAAGUAGGAGGCAAAGACAAGAAUCUGCCAGUAUCUGAGCAAGAGGGAACAUCUUCAAGUCAGGCUGUGGAGGUGACAGUUGACACAGUGAUUCCUCUAUUGGAUCCUGGAAUUGUGCACACUGGCGGAAAAGUCAUUCAUCCUGGAAACACAUGCCUUACAUCUUUAAAUCUUUCAGGAAAUGAACUAACCGAGCAAUCACUCAAGGUGUUUCUCUUAUCUCUGGAGAGCCAAUGUGAAGGUGGACUCCUGCGGCUUUCUCUGAGCAAGAAUCAUUUUCCCUCAGAUUGUGAGACCUUCCUGAAGAUACAGGAAAUGAUGUCUCACAAGCAUCCUCUAAGCAAAAACAGCUCUAGUCAGGUGGAGGACGAAUAUGGUGAAGCCAAGACCAUAAGCCCAGCCUAACAGUGUAACUUACAA